UUACGACAGUGUGGUGCGUUUUACGGCCUCUCAAGAUACAUUGCAGUAACAGAGGUAAACCUAAACAAGCAAACUCGACGUGACUUUCUGCUCCGUAAAGUGUGGAUAUCUUCAAGCGAGCGACAAUGCUUCUCCAAAGUCGAGCUGCCUUUGCUCUGGGCCUUCGCAUGUGCUCCACUCAUGUGAUGAAAGGCCCUUUGAUGGACACAGCGAGACUCAACUCAGACAUGUCUGAAUUCCGCGAGGUCUUUUCCAAAGCCAAGCACAUCGCAAUCAUCACAGGGGCCGGCGUGAGUGCAGAGAGCGGAGUGCCAACCUUCAGGGGAGAAAACGAGAAGUGGAGAAAGUGGCAAUCCCAGGACCUGGCCACCCCAGAGGCCUUCUCUCGAACCCCGUCUCGGGUCUGGGAGUUCUUCCACUACAGACGGGAGCUGGCUUUGAACAAGAAGCCCAGUGCCGCCCAUCUGGCCAUAGCAGAGUGCGAGGCCCGGCUGAGGAAGCAGGGGCGCUCCGUGGUCGUCAUCACCCAGUGCACAGAUGACCUCCACCGGCAGGCCGGGUCCAAACACGUGCUCAAGAUUCACGGCAGUCUGCUGGAGACGCGCUGCGUGAGCUGUGGACAUGUGACCGUGAACAGGCGGAGCCCCAUAUGUGCCGCCCUGAAGGACAAAGGUGCACCUGACCCAGAUGUUGCUGAUGCCCAGAUUCCUGUGGAUAAACUGCCCAGGUGCGGCGAAAGUGACUGCCGCGGUCUGCUGAGGCCCAACGUGGUGUUUUUUGGAGAAACUCUGGACUCCCAUAUCCUGACCAAGGUGGAAAAAGAGAUGGAGACCUGCGACCUCUGUCUGGUGGUGGGCACGUCUUCAAUCGUGUACCCAGCAGCCAUGUUUGGCCCUCAGAUUGCAUCCAGGGGCAUCCCAGUGGCGGAAUUCAACACCAAAACAACACCAAAAACUGAGUACUUCAUGUACCAUUUCCAGGGUACGUGUGGAACCACGCUGCCUCCAGCUUUGGCGCGACAUGAGUCCGAGGUUCUUUAAGAAGCCUGUUUUUAAAGAGAGUGACUUGACGAACAGCAACCAGUGGCUUCUUCAACACACCAAUGUAAUCCAGAUGUUUGCCUUAAAAACCAUUCAGCUGUCGAUGCUUGAUAGAGGUAAACGUAGAACUUCUUUUAGAAUUUGAUAUGGAUCUCUUUAUAUACUUGAAUAUACUGUGUAGCUCAAUAAACUGGAAAUGGGAUAUUGUAGGUUUUACAUGUUGGCUGCUUUGAGUCUGACGCAGUAGCUAUACAGCUUUAAUACAGAAAGGAAUGCACUAUGUAUGUAGUUAGUGGCAUAGGAUGCUCUUGUUAUUCCACACACACCUUGUGUAUUAGAUGCUGGUGAGGGAGCGUAAUGCUUUGCGGUAGAUCAGAACCUAUUACUCCUGGUGUCCACGGGGAAUCUUCCUCUUUCUCUCUCCACCGAAUCAACAGAUGUACGUAAUAUAAUCUUAUGCCUUUUAAAACUGUUUACACAACCUUGACCAAAUGCUCGCUUUACACCUCAGGUGCAAAUCAACCAAUGUUACAGAGAUUUAGUAUUUAGUUGAGUGUACGGAGUCUUCUUCUGACCAAGG